AUGGUUCACACACGUUCCCAGAAGCGCAAGGCUGAGGACUCUGAGCCUCAAGACCAAGCUCCUGUCUCCACCGGCAACUCCUCAAAAGUUGCCUUCGUCAAGGCCUUCAAGGGCGGCAAACGCGCUAAGGUAGCCCGCGAUGAUGACGACCAACUCACCGUGUCAGCACCACCGGUCACAGUGCACCGCCACCACAACUUGAAAAAACUUAUUAUUCGCAACAAGACCUCAAGGAACCAAUCCAUGUACCCCAUGGUCAUUCCUGUAAUCUUUCGUGGUGUUCAGGCUGAAGAGCCUGAAGACAAGCCCAUCGAGUUCACUUUCCGGUGCGAACUUCGCCCAAAGUGUCCCGACACCAAGCAGAAUUAUCUGCCCACUCAACAGCCCGCCGCUGGUACAGUCCAGAAGAAGAGGAUAGCCCCAAAGCCGGUACAGUCAGAUAAGCAACCAGCUCGAAAAAAGUGA